CCAUAAUCGUCGUGCGCCGACCGAAAACGCGACUGUGAUUAUUUGUGCCACUGAUCGAUAUAAUCUCACGCUUGCAGGAACUUGACAGCAUUCGACAAACACACUUGUGCCCCACGCAAUUUCUCCCUUUCUUCUGUCCUCCUUUCUUAUACAGACUUUCCCUCUCCUUGAGCACCAGAAUUCCUCACUGCUCCUCUUCUCGCUGACCAUCCGAACCGACACUUCCAACUCUCCAUAAAUAGCUUCCACGAUGGCGCAAAUACGAGGAACCGCAGGCUACAACUUGGGUCUGAACAACCAAUUCAGCUCUCAACGGAGUACUGAAGCCACGAGCGACCCAAGUCCUCUGGACCAGAUCCGAGAACAGACCAGCAAGAUUGAAGACUGGCUGAACACCAUGGGUGAACCCUUGAGACCAUAUCUUCCUGCUAUUGGACGAUUUCUCAUUGUUGUCACCUUCAUCGAAGAUGCUAUAAGGAUCAUUACCCAAUGGAAUGAUCAGCUUACCUACCUACGGGAUUUCAGACACAUCCCCUGGGGCCUCACACACCUCUUCCUGAUCUUCAAUGUCAUCACCAUGUCCGUCUGUUCAGUGUUGGUCAUCAUGCGCCGCUACGGAGAGUACGCAGUCGGCGGUCUGCUGUCGGUCGUGGUUGUUCAAGCACUCGGAUACGGCCUUAUUUUCGAUCUGAACUUCUUCCUCCGGAACCUGUCCGUCAUUGGUGGCCUGCUCAUGGUGCUCGGAGACAGCUUUGUCAAGAAGACCAGAGUAUUUGCUGGACUGCCCUCGAUCGAUGAAAAGGACAAGAAGAUGUACAUUCAGCUCGGAGGACGAGUCCUUCUGAUCUUCCUCUUCAUCGGCUUCGUCUUUGCAGGUGAAUGGAGCUUCUGGAGAGUGCUGGUCAGCAUGGUUGGGUUCGUGGCUUGUGUCAUGGUCGUCGUCGGUUUCAAGGCCAAGCUCAGUGCCAUCAUCCUGGUCGUGCUCCUCAGUAUCUUCAACGUGCUUGUCAACAACUUCUGGACGCUCCAUCACAACCAUCCCCACAAGGACUUUGCCAAAUACGAUUUCUUCCAGAUUCUGUCGAUCAUGGGCGGCCUCCUGCUAUUGGUGAACAUGGGACCGGGCCAAUUGAGCGUGGAUGAGAAAAAGAAGGUCUAUUGAAACAACCGACAUAGGGAAGGGCAGAAAAUUCCUACUCGCGAGCACAUAAUGAUGCGUACGAGAUCAUGCAGAAUAUGAGCAGAAAGGGGCGUCUAAGCGGGGAAUCUGGGAUCGAUGGUGUACCUACGAAGGGCCAGAGAGUCCAGCCCAAAAAGCUUGUGGCAUUUACAGCAUACUGAGCGUUUAUGGGGAUUGAGCGCCUUCUGGGAGACUGUCUUCCACAAUCCUUGCAUUUUUGGUGUACGAACAGUCUGAGAGGGGGAGAUAUAGACAAAACCAGAAUGACCGUGAUUUACCUCCUUUGGGAACCGAGUAUAGAGAAUGUCAUUGUCCAACCACCGUGGCGAUCGAUCUGAAGCUGCCAAGGAGAUUGGUA